AUGCUUCUGGGAGAAUGUCCUUUCAACAGACAAGACAAAACUGGAGCUUUUUGCGGCGACAAAGCAGUGAAUUGCAAAUGGAGCUCAUAUGGAGCAUGGUCAGACUGUGAUGGCUGCACCAAAACACAGACUCAUAGCCGAAAAAUUGAAGUUUAUGCCCAGUUUGGAGGCAUAGUGUGCAGUGGAAGCCCUUAUGAAACACGUCCUUGUGUUCCCACCAGGGGUUGCCCUAUAGAGGACGGAUGUGGAGACAGAUUUCGAUGUUCAUCAGGUCAGUGCAUUAGCAAGGCUCUGGUAUGCAAUGGAGAUCAUGACUGUGAGCAAGAUAGCUCCGAUGAAGCUAACUGUGAAGUGCGUCAGAAGGUUUGCGAUACUGACAAAUAUGCUCCAAAUACAGAACUUACAGGGACAGGAUAUGAUAUUGUCACACAAACACGCAAAACGAGCAGCGUCAUUCACACAAAGAGUUUUGGAGGGAAGUGCAGGAAAGUCUACAGCAGUGAUAACAGAGAAUACUUUAGGCUGAGUGAAAAUGUCCUUACCUACACCUUUAAGGUGGAAGCAAAAAAUGAUUUUACUUACGACUUUUAUAACAGCAGCUGGUCCUAUUUAAAAACGACCGAGUCCCACACGAGAUCCAACUAUGGAAGAAACGAAGAUCACAGCAGUCAGUUUAGCUUAACAAAAGAAAAGAGUUACCAGUACCUGGUCCUCAGGAAUUAUGUGGAAGUGGCACAGUUCAUCAAUACCAAUACGGAAUUUUUAAACCUUGCCGAACCGUUCUGGAAAGAACUUUUCAACCUCCCCUCGGUUUAUGAAUACAGCGCUUACAGAAAACUUAUAGAUAAUUACGGAACGCAUUUUCUGCAGUCUGGAUCUUUGGGAGGAGAAUAUGAAUUUAGAUUCUACAUGGAGACUGAAAAAAUGACCCAAAAUGGUGUGACAAUGAGUGAUAUCAGUAAAUGUACUUCAUCCAAAGGAGGUUUUCUUUUCUUUAGUUAUUCUUCAUCAGAGUGCAAAAGAACAGUUGAAGUGAUAAAAUCUGCAUCUGGUUCCAACGACCAAGAGAUUGAAGGUCAGGCGGUGGUGGCAGGCGGGGAGCCAAAAUUUGUCACUGCCCUCAGCUUUUUCUCCUUGAACAAACCUGCAGAAAAUCAGAAGCGCUAUGCUGCCUGGGCCGGUUCUGUAACAAGUCUUCCAACUGUUAUUAGAUUUAAGCUGACCCCCUUGUACGAGCUGGUAAAAGAAGUGCCGUGUGCAUCAGCUAAACGGAUCUACUUGAAACGAGCCAUUGAGGAAUACAUCGGUGAAGCACAUCCAUGUCGGUGCAAGCCAUGUCAAAACAAUGGACAACCUGUCACCAAGGGAAGAGAGUGUGAAUGUUACUGUAAGAUGAACACGUAUGGAAAGGCCUGUCAAUAUGGGACUGCAACAGAUGAAAGCCCAGGAGUUGUUCAUGGCAGCUGGAGUUGCUGGUCAUCCUGGAGCAUCUGUCGGGGAACCUCGGGACGAAGAGUCCGGAACCGGGUCUGUAAUAAUCCUGCACCCAGUGGAGGAGGGAAAAGCUGUAUUGGGGACUCGAUAGAAAGCCAAAAGUGUGAGCAAGAUGAACUGGAGCAUCUACGAACUGUGGAACCUCACUGCUUUGAUAUCCAAAUUUUGCCGACUGAGUUCUGCCCUCUUCCCCCUACUCUGGUGAAUGGCUAUAUCUUGGAUGACGACAAUUCGUACUAUGUUGGCAAACGUAUUGUAUACACGUGUAAUAGUGGGUACACACUGGUGGGUGAGGCUGUUGCUGAAUGUAAAGAAGACCUCCAGUGGCAUGUUGGUGCCAGGGAAUGCCAAAGACUUAUGUGUUCUUUUCCUCGGCUUCCAAGCAGCUUUGCAAUUUCCCCGGAAAAGGAUUCCUACCAGGUUGGAGAUAAAAUAAAACUCUCAUGCCAACAAGGCCUGGAUUUACAAGGUCCACAAGUCGUGUCAUGCAGUUCAAGCCUGACCUGGAAUCCUGAUAUAAAAGACAUCCAAUGUACAAGAAAAGCCAUCCCGAAAACAGAUGAAACAAAAUGUAAACCUUGGGAAAAAGUCCAGGAAUCUAAGUGCACUUGUAAGAUGCCUGCUGAAUGCGGCUCCUCUCUGAAUAUUUGUGCUAUAGAUGGCCGGAACAGCAGGAACAUAGCUCUUACAGUCUGUAAAAUGCACACACUCGAAUGCCUGGGAAGGAAAUACACACUGACUGCAGAUGAAAACUGCAAAUUCCCCACAACAGAUAAGUCAUGUGACUUGUGCCAACUGUGGGAAACCUGUUCUGAUGAAACAAGCACAUGUGUCUGCAGAAAAGCUGGGAGCUGCCACGAUAAAGGAAUCAGCAUUUGUGUCCUAGUAAACGACAAGAAGCAAACUCUGAGUGAAUGUGAGGCUGGAAUCCUUAGAUGCCAAGGGCAGGAUGUGGAAGUUGUCAGCACGAGUCCCUGUGAUGAGUAGAGGAAUCUCAGUACAGUGUCAUUGCAUUUUUGUCCUGCUAAAGAAGACGUCAAAGCAAGUCAGCACUUCAGCCGCUCUACGGCUCCUUCAUGCCUACAAAUGCCAUUGAAUUAUGAUAUUGCUUAUAUGAAAUGUAACAUCAAAUUCAAGCUGUCAGGUCUUUUGUUUGUGUUUGGUAAAACAAAUUGAGUUUUUUUUGUACCAGAUACAAAUAAAACCCUUUCUGUUUAGUAUUUGGCUUGUCCC